UCGUCCACGUGACCCUCCGCAGCUCUACUCUCCUCGUGUCACUUCACGUCGCUUCAUUCAGAGUCGGAUCGCACGAGGAGACAGACGGAGGAUGCGCGAGACGGCGACAUCAUGCAUGAGCUGUUGGAGACCGAGACCGCCCCCGUCCUGACCAACACGACUUCCAUUUCGUGUCAGAAGCCGUUCGACGAUGGCCGCCUGCCGCUCAUGCUGCUGUACAGCGGCGUGCUGGCGGUGGGACUUCCUGCUAACUUCCUGACCCUCUACCUCACCUGGCUGCAGGUGCGCAGGAGCAACGUGCUGGGCGUGUACCUGUGGAGCCUGUCACUGUGCGACCUCACCUACCUGUGCACGCUGCCGCUGUGGACGCUGUACGUGAGCGCGGGUCACGUGUGGCCGUGGAGCUCGGUGGCGUGUAAGCUAACGGGCUACAUCUUCUUCACCAACAUGUACAUCAGCAUCUUCCUGCUCUGCUGCGUCUCCUGCGACCGCUACGUCGCCGUCGUCUACAGCGUGGAGUCCCGCGGCCUGCGAUGCCGACGCCACGCCUUCCUCAUCGUCGUCACCAUGGUGCUGCUGGUUGCCGUCGGCCACGUGCCCGUCUUCACCAUGAGGGAGGGGGAAGCCACGCAGGGCCAACGCCGCUGCUUCGAGCCGAGUCAGAGCAGCGCCACGGUGACGGGCUUCAACUACGCUCGCUUCGUGGUCGGGUUCCUGAUCCCGCUGCUCGUGCUGGUGGCGACCAACCGCGGGAUCCUGGUGAACGUGCAGAGCAGCACGGGGCUGCGGCGCGAGCAGAAGGAGCGCGUGCGCUGGCUGGCGAUGGCGGUGGUGUUCCUCUUCCUGGUCUGCUUCGCCCCGUAUCACCUGAUCCUGCUGGUGCGCGCCAUCCUCUUCCACUUCCCGCGCCUGGAGGACGGCACCUGUCUGUUCGAGACCACCGUGUACACGCCGUACACCAUCUCGCUCGGCCUGUCCACCGUCAACAGCGCCGUCAACCCCAUCCUCUACGUCCUGUCCAGCGACAACAUCCGCAAAGAGCUGCGCCGCGGCCUCGCUGGCCUCUGUGACCGCGCCCACCUGAGGACGCGAUCCGACAGCAGCCAGAACAAGAUCCAGCCCACCAGGAACUCCUCGGAGCUGAACCCGGGAACCAAGAUGGAUGGACCCCCGGGACCAGCAGAGACCUGCAGACAGGCUGGACUGGACUCUGAGGUGUUAGUUCCACCGGUCUAACCAGCGGGGGAGGGCGGUGUGUCCUGAAGGGGGCGCCGCAGGUAUCAGGACUCCACUGAGGAGCUCCGAUCAACAAACAGACAAAAUCAAUAGAUAACAGAGUUUCAGAUAAAAACUGAUGAGCUGACAGUUUUUAACCUUUAAUAAAUAAGUGACGACCUCACACGAGACACGGCGCCCCCUGCUGGUCAGACGUGAACUUUACAGAUUUUAAAAAUCCUGUUUCUGUAAAUAAAGUAAAAUAAAGUUCAUACAAAACAGCUGCUGUCACAAUAUAUCCCACAAUCCUUUGCUCCUCUGCUUACUGUUACACCCCCCAACACACACACACACAUCUCGGCUGUUUCCAUGGUAACUGCAUCAUGACAUGUUGGAUUUUUUAAUCUGAAAACUUUUAUGAAGAUUAAAAACAAGAGCAAAUAAAGCCGUAAAAAACAAAGCGAUCUGAUUGGACGAGAGGCGGGUGUGUUAUUUCUGAAGAAGUAAAAACACACAAGGUGGUUACUGGUUAACUUCAGACAUCAAUUUAAGUACAAAGGUAGGCGUCUGUGGUAACCAUGGAAACAGCAACUGUUCCACCGCAGGUCGAGCUGGUGGAAUCAAACGUCAGCGUUUUGUUCAAACUUACUCAUUUUUACAGUCUAUGGUUCAAACAUGGAGAGUAAACACGAAGCCUCGUAUCAAGAAGUGUGUCACUCACUUCCUGUCUGAGCUGCUUCCUGUUUGCUGCUCCAUGACUCGUGACUCGUGUUUCCAUGAUAACAAAGUGGCAGACAGCUGGGAGGGUGUGAGACAGUCUCACUGCACACCCACACGGACCAAUGAUCAGCCUGACAUCAGACAGAAUGACAUGUAGGACAUGGUGGUUGCCAUGGUAACAGCAGGUGUUUCAAUAAUUUAUCAGUGAAAUCUAAAAUCUGGUACCUUCACAAUAAAAGCCUCAGAAUCAGUGCACUGUUCGCUUUGUCACCUAUUUUAAAUUCAGUCACAUUUUUUUUUUUAACCCUUUAUCGUUUUAGUCGACGAAAACUACAAACAUGGCCACCCAGUUUUUUUUUUUUUUUAAUAAAAAGUCCCAAACUGUCUCAGCUCCUCACAGAAAUCAAAGAGGAGACAUGUUUUUAAAAACGUGAAGAACUGCAGAUCACAUAUGAAUGCAUGAAUAUGAAUUAUGUUACCAUGGAUACUCUGAGUGUUUCAUGACUCCACCUGUCAGACGUUUAAAGACAGAAGAGAUUCACUGAUAUGACUUUACAGAUCAGUCACUCACUGAUUGGUCAGGUUAUCAGAAGAUCUACUUUUAGCUUGCCACCGUCACGUUGUUGUUGACUGUUUUUCAUGAACAAACACUGAAUCAUUUCGACUUAACGGCAACUUGUAAAAUAAUCAGGUGACUUUCUAGAAUUUCAUAGUCAAAUACAUUUUUCAGAACUUUUCUCAAUAAAAGAUAAAACUUUCAAAAA